AGACUGGAGACAUAAAGUGAAUGAGGAGUAAUUAGAGAUGAGUAAAAAGGAUAGCGGUGCCACUGUCAUCCUUGCCUAUCUGAAUGAGAAGAACCGCCCCUACAGUGCUCAGGAUGUCUUCUGUAAUCUCCAAAAGGAGCAUGGAUUGGGGAAAACGGCAGUGGUCAAAGCCAUGGAGCUGUUGGCCCUUGAGGGCAAGAUAAAGGAGAAGGUGUAUGGCAAGCAAAAGAUAUAUUUUGCAGAUCAGGCUCAGUUUAAAGAUGUGAGUGAUGCAGACCUGAAGGCAAUGGACAGUCAGAUCUCAGAGCUCAGUGCGGAGGUGCAGUCCCUCACCCAGAGCUGCAAACAGCUGGAUGCAGAGCUCAAAGAACUCAAUAGUUCCUUGACAACAGAGGAAAUGAUCUCAGAGAUCCGAGAGCUGAAAGCGGAGUGUUCUGGGUACAGAGCACGUCUGGAGAAGAUAAAGUCGGCCACAAAUCACGUCACACCAGAAGAGAAAGAGAAGGUUUAUAAAGACAGAGAUGUUUAUGUGAAAGAGUGGAGGAAGAGGAAGAGAUUGGCUUCAGACAUGAUAAAUGCAAUCCUGGAGGGAUAUCCUAAGAGCAAAAAGGAGUUCCUGGAUGAGGUUGGAGUGGAAACCGAUGAGGACUGUAAGGUGGCUGUUCCAAGUACAUGAAAAAACAAAUGAGUGCUUGUUCAGCGUCUUCGUCAGUGUGUGCAGUGCUUAGCUAAGAAAAUAAGAUUACACAUCAGAGCAGUCCGAGUCACAGCACAUUUAUUUAUAGCCAGUUUCUUUUGAACAAACAGUACAUUUUUAAUAAAUGUCAAAUGGGGGGAAAAACAAACUUUGAAAUUGAAAGUAUACAAAAACAGCUCUUCCAUUUGAGGCACUAACUCUACAUUAUAUCAUUAGACAGCACUGAGGGAUGCUUGUCACGUCAUAAGCCACGUUGGUUUAAUUUUUCCCUUUUUUUAUGUUUAAAGCUAUUAAAUCAAUCCUGAGCCUAUAUCAACUUAUUAUUCAUUAUAUCUUUGAGAAAUGCACAUUAUUUGUUGUUCUUAUUACUGUUCAAGUCCAUCUGUCUGCCAUUUUGUUUGAAAAGUGUACAUAAGGCUUGUAAUGUAUAAAGCAUGGGUGUUUAUAAGUGACCCUCAGGUAUUGAGGGUUUGUCCCUUUUUUCCUUUAUUUUUUAUCAUUAUUUUUGUCUUCUCACUCUUACUGCCAAGUUAUUAAAUGUUCAUGAUAGUAACUUUUGACACUGAAGUCCAAACUGAAAUUUUCUUUAUCAACUAUCUGAAAACACUGAGGUUUAACAGGUUCAUUGGCUGCAGAGAGAAAUCAUUUGCACUUAUUUCCUGUCGUCUUUUGCACUUUGUUUCUUCAUUAAGUUUUGGCCAAAUUUAACAGGACACACACGUCAUACAUUUAUUUUACAUAGGUUGACAUCUCUCUUUGGAUGGUGAUGGCUUUUUUAAAAACAACUAUCAAGGGACAACAUUUAAAGCAACAGGCAACAAAAUAUCCCUGCGAUUAAAGCAACAACAGUAACGAAACUCUACACGUUAUCCAACCCCACGUGUAUGUCAAAGCCAUCAAGGCAAUUAGCUUCAUUUCAUCUAUCUAAAAAUUCCCUGUUUUUCAUUGUGGCUGUAACUCUUUGUGCCAUUCCCAGACCAUGAUCUCGCCUGGCACCUGUGACUAGCGCAGGCAA